UCCGGUAACGGCUGCCUCUGUACCUCACAGUACGAGGGGCGAUGCUGCGAUGUCGACAAACCCCUAGGAGUCGGAGUGGGACGUUCGACUAGAUGUGGAGGCACCCUCAGUACUCCUUCUGGAGGCCCAGUGACAUCACCAAACUAUCCCAGCAACUAUGGCAACAAUGAAAAUUGCCAGUGGUUGAUUACUGCACCAGCUGGAAGCACCAUAAGUCUGACGUUCGACAGCUUUGAUCUUGAAAGCAAUUAUGACUAUCUAACCAUCUUCGAUGGACCCAGUGAUAGUGCCGCACAGUUACUGAGGUUAUCAGGUUCACCCGUCAACCCAGCUACUACCAGCACAUCUAACAUGAUGUUCAUAAAGUUUACAUCUAAUUGGCAUGUCACGAGACGGGGAUUCUCGUUCUACUACACGUCAAGUGUGUUCAACUGUGACUUUGAGCUGGGCCUGUGUGGAUGGAGACAGGCUCACGACGACAACUUUGACUGGAUCCGACACAGUGGAUCGACUCCUUCUGACGACACCGGGCCGAGUGCUGACCACACCACUGGAAGUGGCUAUUAUAUCUACAUCGAGACGUCUUCUGGCUCAUCCGGUAGUGUCGCCCGUGUGAUUAGUCCUCUCGUUACUACAACAAGUGCCAAGUGUGUCCAGUUCUGGUACCACAUGUACGGUAGGGACGUCAACAGGCUCCGGGUGUACAUGAAGACUGGCUCAUCGCUUGGGAAUCCGGUGUGGACUCGGACAGGAGCACAGGGAAACCAGUGGAGGUCUGGGCAGGUAGACAUUCCAGCAGGGAUAUCAUUCAAUGACUAG